AUGGUCCGCGAACCAGUUGCCAACUUAACCUCUUACGGUGGAAUGCCACGCACGUUGAGAAUUUUUUGUCCUAAAAUUGCAAUAUUUUCUUGCAAUAUAACCCAGAAUAAUUUCUAUCAUACCGACGAGGUCAAAAGGAAAGCGACGAAUUAUUGUAUACGGUUUGGUCACUCGUUAUGGUCCGCGAACCAGUUGCCAACGUAA